AUUCCUCGCCAAAUAUUUCCAUGUGUAUAACUACACACACAUAAACAGUGGAAGAUAAAACUGAGGUAAGAAGGAGGAGGAGGAGGAGGAGAAAGAGUGAGGAAAUGGGAAGGUUCUUCUUCUUCUUCUGGUUCAUGGUGGUGGCGGUGGUGAUGAAGGUGGGUUUCACAGAGGCAUACCCAGAAGAAGAUCUGGUGGUGAAAUUGCCCGGACAACCUGACGUCGAGUUCAGACAAUUCGCUGGCUAUGUCGAUGUCGAUUUCAAAUCUGGUCGGAGCCUUUUCUAUUACUUCGUUGAGGCUGAGAAAAAUCCCCUCGACAAACCCUUAACCCUUUGGCUCAAUGGAGGACCAGGUUGUUCAUCAAUUGGCGGAGGAGCAUUUACAGAAUUGGGUCCAUUUUACCCCACAGGGGAUGGUCGUGGACUUCGCGUGAAUCCCAUGUCAUGGAACAAAGCCUCGAAUUUGUUGUUUGUGGAGUCACCGGCCGGAGUUGGAUGGUCCUACUCGAACAGAACCUCCGAUUACAAUACCGGCGACGCCUCUACCGCGAAGGAUAUGCUUGUGUUCUUGUUGAGAUGGUUCAAGAAGUUCCCCGAGUUUAAAUCCCGCGAUCUCUUUCUCACCGGAGAAAGCUACGCCGGGCAUUAUAUUCCUCAGCUGGCUGAUGUGAUACUGAACUAUAACGCACGUUCAUCGGGUUUCAAGUUCAAUGUCAAAGGCAUUGCAAUCGGGAAUCCGCUUCUAAAGCUGGACAGAGACGUUCCAGCGACAUACGAGUUCUUCUGGUCACACGGGAUGAUCUCUGAUGAACUCGGCCUCACUAUAACGGCCCAAUGUAACUUUGAAGACUACACGUUCUCCAGCCCGCAUAACGAGAGCAAGGCCUGCGAUGACGCUCUAGGCGAAGUUGGAAGCAUUGUCUCUGAAUAUGUCAACUAUUACGACGUUAUCCUCGAUGUCUGCUACCCGUCUAUCGUUGAGCAAGAGCUUAGGCUCAAGAAAAUGGCUACUAAGAUGAGUUUGGGAGUCGACGUGUGUAUGACCUACGAAAGACAGUUCUAUUUCAAUCUUCCGGAGGUUCAAAAGGCUCUUCACGCUAACCGAACUCUUCUGCCUUACCAAUGGUCCAUGUGCAGCAGCCAGUUGAAUUACAGCGAUACCGACGGGAAUCUCGACAUGCUACCGAUACUAAAGAGGAUCGUACAGAACAAAAUCUAUGUUUGGAUCUUCAGCGGAGAUCAAGAUUCUGUAGUUCCGCUACUUGGUUCAAGAACUCUUGUACGGGAACUGGCCCAGGAGCUCGACUUCAAGAACACAGUUCCUUAUGGAGCUUGGUUUCACAAAGGCCAGGUCGGCGGAUGGGUGACGGAAUACGGAAAUCUACUGACGUUCGCGACGGUGAGAGGCGCUGCCCAUAUGGUUCCUUACGCGCAGCCUUCACGAGCUCUGCACUUGUUCAGCAGCUUUGUCAGUGGCCAGCGUUUGCCGAACACAACUCGUCCCUCCAUUGAUGAUUGACGAAGGAGAGGAAAAAAAAACUUCUUCUGAGGUUGUCUGUUCAUUACGCCAGAGGCAUUGUAGGAAGUGUUGUUAUGUGUCUGGUUUUUCUCUCUCUGGUGUUUUUUCUUAGUGGUUUCUUGGGUUGGAAGCAAUUGAUCAUUUAGAUGAAUGGAAUUAAAGGGGAAAAAGGGAAGAUUAGGGUUUCUGGUUUGGUUGGUCGUUUAAUUGCCAUUUUCAUUUGAUUGAUCUUCAAUAAUAAUAUAAAAAAUGAAAGGGUUUUGUGUGAUU